AUGAUUUAUCUUGACGUCAGGUAUCUACAGUCCUUAGCCUCUUCAACCAGCAGUUCUGCCUUGCCUUCCGGCAGUCAGUCUGUUGCUCACAAUGGCGUUGUACAACAGUCUGAACCAGCUUGUGCAGACAAACCAUCACUGAAAAAGCACCGCGUUGACAUUAACCUUGAGACUUUGAUAGACUUCCAGAACUUGCAACGUGUGGCUGGCCCUUCUCAGAACCGGUCUGAGCCAGUGAAUUUUCGUAAGAGACCCAACUACGACAACAGUGGCAGGGCGCUCAGGAUGAAGCAAUACGCAAGAACCCCCUGCAGCAAGAGUUCAUCGCUUGCUGGCAUCGAAUUGCAGGUGUCCAAGGCGAAUAUGCUUUGCCAAGUUCAAGGGCUUAGUGGAAGAGCUCUUGAGGUGGUGUAUGCUGCUGGUGGCACGGGCAGCACGGGUUCCACCAAAAGGUGUUGGUACUUCUUAAAGAAAGUUGUGUCACCAACUUGCUUGGUAGCAUUGCUCGGGGUUGGGAAUGGCAGAUUGAAUCGGGUUCUGCACCAUAGACCUGACCGCCGGAGGUUCCAACGAGCAGGGCGCAUGAGAUCCAGCUCGAAGGGCAAGCCUCAACCUGAGAAGUUUUCUGUCUCUUUUGACAACCGGGACGAGUUGAGUUCACAAAGCGAGGAGAGCGAUGAUGGGAUUGAAGGGGAUGAAAGCCUUUUGGAAGUUGGGUGUGAAGCAUUAGAACGUGACGAGGAGAUACGUCUUCAUGUGAUGGGAUUGUCAUCCUACUGGACACUGGUGGUCGAAUCCAAUUGGGCUUCAAAUCUGAAAGAGCUCCCAACACGCUACCUUCCACCUGGCAGCAUUAGAAUGCUUUACCAACAAAUGUCAUCAGAGAACAAUGGAGGCUUGAACAUCAGCUACCAAACAUUUUGGAAAACCUUCAGGGAGUACUGGGGGAAGCAGCUUCGCUUUCUGCCCCCCAGCACCCAUGGAACAUGCGAUUCUUGCUGCGCCUUCAAAUCUGAAUUUAAGGCCUGCCGGGAUCCACAGGCUAUGUUUGAAAUUUCAAAACAUUACAAGAUGCACUUGGACCAGGUGUCGGCUGACCGAGAUUUGGAAGAAUAUUUGCAGGUGCAAGACCCCCUGCGCAGACCUGGUGCAGCCCUCGCAGUGCACUGGGAUGGCAUGGAUCAGGCCAAGUGGCGCGUCCCAAGGUGGCAUGGCCAAAGACCUUUGAAGUCCACACAGAUGCUGCAAAGACCUCAGCUGAAAGUCCAGGCUUGCUGGGUACACGGCAUAGUCUUGGACCUUUUUGUACUUGACCCAAGAGUUCCAGCAGACUCAUCGAUGGUGAUUGAGACUGCCUGCCGGUCCAUUGAUUAUGCAAAACAGUGCUGCGAGGCUGCUGGCAAACCAUUUCCAGAUCAGAAUAUGUUCCCAGAUGAGAAACAAUUCUUCCCGGUUGGAGUGAUAGCUAUUUCUUUAUUCCCUGAAGAUGUGCCGCCGAACGUUGACAUCACUGCUCAUGGACGCGGUGCUGGCCGCGAUCAGCACCCAUCUGAUGCCAUUAUCCUGGUGAAGCGCAAUGCAUCAGAUUUCGAGCUUUCCCAGGAACCUAUGUUGGUUUUUCCCUACCGAUUUGCUAGCCGGUUGGGCACUUUGCCGACCGAAGCAAGGAUGCUUAGUGCUGUGAAACCAGGGAAACGCAAAGACUAUCUGCACGUGGCUCAGGCACUGUUGCAAAUGCAUCCCAGCGAGGCCACAAGGAGGUCAGUAUUGUUUCUCAUAGACCUAUGUAAAACAUACAGACCAGAAGAUGGUCCUCGGCUGCAGUGGCUUGCGGAAGAGGUCAACGCACCUCAGAUCCAACUUGGACUUCCCUCUGUGCUGGGCAGAGUUGCCCCUGUUAUGAGAUUAAAGGCCACUGUGGGGCGAUAG